AUGAGAUUCGGUGCCCGGCCGCGGCUGCGCCCAGUCCAGGCGCUGCGCUCGGCCGCGGAGGAGGCUCGGCGCGGCCUCCUGGCCCUGCUGCUCGCGGUCUCCGCGCCGCUCUGGCUGCAGGCGGAGGAGCUGGGUGAUGGCUGUGGGCACAUAGUGACCUAUAAGGACAGUGGCACCAUGACAUCUAAGAAUUAUCCAGGGACAUACCCCAAUCACACUGCCUGUGAAAGGACGCUCACAGUACCGAAGGGGAAGAGAUUGAUUCUGAGGUUGGGAGAUUUGGAUAUUGAAUCCCAGACCUGUGCCUCUGACUACCUUCUCUUCACUAGCUCUUCUGAUCAAUAUGGUCCGUAUUGUGGAAGCAUGACUAUGCCCAAAGAACUUCUGCUGAAUACCAAUGAAGUAACUGUGCGCUUUGAGAGUGGAUCCCACAUUUCUGGGAGGGGUUUUUUGCUAACCUAUGCCAGCAGCGACCAUCCAGAUUUAAUAACAUGUUUGGAACGAGCUAACCAUUAUUUGAAGACAGAAUACAGCAAGUUCUGCCCAGCUGGUUGUAGAGAUAUACCAGGAGAUAUUUCUGGGAACGUGGUGCAUGGCUAUAGAGAUACCUCUUUAUUGUGCAAAGCCGCCAUCCAUGCAGGAGUGAUUGCAGAUGAAGUGGGUGGUCAGAUCAGCGUGUUUCUGCGCAAAGGGAUAAGUCGAUAUGAAGGAAUCCUGGCCAAUGGUGUUCUCUCAAGGGACGGUUCCCUGUCAGACAAGCGAUUUCUGUUUACCUCCAAUGACUGCAGCAGAUCCUUGAGUUUGGAACCUGACAGGCAAAUCAGAGCUUCUUCUUCUUGGGAGUGGAUCAAUGAGACUGGAGAUCAGGUCCGCUGGUCUCCUGGCCAAGCCCGCCUUCAGGACCAAGGCCCGUCGUGGGCUUCAGGGGACAGGAGCAAGAACCACAAACAGCGAGAGUGGCUAAGGAUAGAUUUGGGAGAGAAAAAGAAAAUAACAGGAAUUAGGACCACAGGAUCCACACAGUCAAAUUUCAACUUCUAUGUAAAGAGUUUUGUAAUGAGCUUCAGAAACAACAACUCCAAGUGGAAGACCUAUAAAGGAAUUGUGAAUAAUGAAGAAAAGGUGUUUCAGGGCAACUCUAAUUUUCGGGACCCUGUGCGGAACAAUUUCAUCCCUCCCAUUGUGGCCAGAUACGUGCGCGUCAUCCCCCAGACAUGGCACCAGAGGAUAGCCUUGAAAGUGGAGCUCCUUGGCUGCCAGAUUGCACCGAGCAUGACUCAGGAUAAUGACUCACUGGUGUGGCACAAAACAAGUGUGGAUACUGUUGGUUCAACGGAAGAAGAAGAUGAGACAAUCUCAAAGCCCAUCCCCGUUGAAGAAAUGCCCAAAGGAUUAAACAUCACAACUAUUGUUAUUCCACUGGUGCUCUUCUUCGUGCUGGCUGCUGGAGUGGGAAUCUUUGCAGUCCUUAGAAAGAAGAAGAAGAAAGGAAAUCCUUAUGGGUCAUCUAAGGCUCAGAAAACAGACUGUUGGAAGCAGAUCAAGUAUCCCUUUGCCAGGCAUCAGUCAGCUGAGUUUACCAUCAGCUACGAUAAUGAAAAGGAGAUGACACAAAAGUUGGAUCUCAUCACCAGUGACAUAGCAGAUUACCAGCAGCCUCUCAUGAUUGGCACCGGGACGGUCACCAGGAAGGGCUCCACCUUCCGGCCGAUGGACACCGAGGCGGACGCAGCGGGACCGGGUACCGAGGCCGGCGGCCACUACGACUGCCCCCUGCCGGCCGGCCGCCACGAGUACGCACUGCCCUUGACCCACGCCGAGCCCGAGUACGCCACGCCCAUCGUGGAGCGGCACCUGGCCCGCGCGCACACCUUCUCGGCGCGGAGCGGCUACCGCGUGCCGGGGCCCCGGCCGGCGCACAAGCACUCCCUCUCCUCCGGUGCCUUCUCCCCAGCCGCCGGCUACCAGCGGCCGCCGAGCCCCGCGCCCGCGGAGCCGGGCUACGACCAGCCCAAGGGCUCAGCCGCGGGGCGCGACCCUCCCGACUCUCAGAAGCCCCAGGUCAGCCCCGCGAGCAGCGCUGCCUACUUGGCCCCCAGAGACUGCCUCAGACCCCUCAACCCGACGGCCAUGACCGCUCUUCUGUGAACACACACACUGUGAACGAAACUGCUGCUGCGGUACUGAGCGCCGGGCCGCGCCGCCCUGGAAGCCGAUGCGCUCGGGAGAGUGUGCCUGCGAGUGUGGUGUGUGCGCGUGCGUGUCUGCGCGGUGGAACAGGAUCCUGCGGGGGAGUCGGAGAUCCCCCCCGUCCACACUGUUUACAGAAUUGUGCAGCUGGUUUUGUUGUGACCCUGAGGGCCAGCGUCUGUUGGGUUUUGUGGGCUAGAAAAAUGAAUAUUUUUCAGAUGGCGUUUUCAUUUCUCUAACUGUGAUACUGAGCUGCUUCGGUGUAAAAUGUGCAAUCUGUACAGAGUUGUAUUUAACAAGAAUUAAAGUAACUUAAGUUUGCUUUAGCAGAUUUUCGUUCUGCCGGGAGGUUAAGUGGGAGAAUGCAGCUGUUGCAAAAACAUAUAAUAGUAUGUUCACUUUUUAAAUAUAUUUUAUCUGAUACUGUGUUAGCAGCAGGUCUGUUUAAACUUAAUCUUGUUGUUAUUAUGGCUCAUUUCCUUUCCUUUGAUAUGGAAAACUAAAAGCAUUGUUAACAUUCUUCUCCUGGAAGGAAUGAAAUUACUUGAAGCCUGACAAGCACACCAGGGUGGUGGUUUGCGAUUACCACUGUAGAUUAACAAGAACAAGCAAAAUACUGGCACCUCGGCAGCUGCCGGUUCCUGAGACCCCACUUCAGGUGGGGAUGUGCAGCGGCCUGUCAAGGUGUGCAAGGACCAGGUCUCUGGCCUGCUGGGGACCUCACUUCCCUCAGCCUGCGGAACCUGGCCCUCUGAGCAGCUGGCCUUCCUGACACUUUGCUUCCUGUUCACCUCAGGCCUGGCAGAUAACUCACUUUCACAUGCAAAUCUGCCUUUUCAAACUGUCUGCAAAGCCUACUGCUGAGACUUAGAGCAACCAAAACUGCUCUCUCAACAGAGUGAAGGUGGCACAGCAAUUACGCUAUAAAUUACUGUGUCAGAUGCUUUUGUACCUCAGAUGAAAAAUACUGCUGAGGUCAGACGCCCACACUUUUCAUGACUUUCAUCGGAAACAGCACAUUGUACUAUUUGAAACACAAAAAAGUUAUUUGAAGUGUGUUAUUAAAGGUGACUGAAGCCAAAUCUACAUAGAGCUUUUUCUACGGAGAUGGCUGGAAACAGCUAAUUUUGUAAGAAAAAAAUUUUCCCUCAAGUAGGUGUCUGUAAUUCCAGAUUGGCCCUGACUUCAGCUGUAUCUCAUUGUCCAGUGGUUUUAUCUGAGUUUACUUUGUUAAGUUCACUGUGGGCAGGAGGGCGGGGGGCAGUGUGCAAAUUUAACCUCUUUUGUCAAAGAGGAAAGUGUAUGUUUUUGUUAUGUGGACCAAAAAAUUCUUUCCCUAAAAAUGUGUAAUGCUAGUUGUAUGACACUUUCUGUGAUACUGAGGUGCUGGAAGGUCACAGCAGAUUAUCUGUGGUUACUGUGGAGGACAAACCACUUACCAUGUGAGUUUACAUGGUUUUCUAUGCAUACUAAUUGUAAUAAACUAUGCCAAACCAAUGUA